AUGCAAAAAUGCAAGUGUGCAAACUCGGAUAACUUGGACGCAGGCAUCUCAGAUGCUGAGCAGUACCACGCAUACUCAGAGCUCACACAGUUGCAGCGUCCGCACAGCAAGGACCAUUGGGAUGAUAUGUGCAGCACUACCACACCCUGCUCCCAGACCAGUGAAGAGGAGGCCAAGAUGCCUAGCCCCACGAAGAACGAAUCUUUCACAAACGGUGAAAAGGCCAAAUACGCCCCAGCUGUGGUAAACCUGGUCCCUGAUGCCAUUGACGUGGACAAACUGGUGACUGAUGACAGCCUGUCCUAUGCAGCGACGCCAUUGGAUGUUUCCAACCUGUUCACAUUCUGGGAGGACAAGAGGCCUAAUUCCCUUACGGAGCCUCUCCAGCACAUGUCCUUGGUUCACAGCCCUUUGGACAUGCCUCCCAACUCUGAUGACAGACCGCGGCAGAUUGAAUCCAAGCUGGAGUGCCUGCAGGCACAGCUCGGCAGGCUGGAGUCCAGGAUGUCUUCUGACCUGAACCUCAUCCUGCAGCUGCUGCAGCGACAGCUGUCUCAAGUGCCACCUGCGUAUAGCACUAUCUCGCCAUCCUCCCACAACCUGGCUUUGUAUAGCAUGAGCAUGAGGAGCACAGAACCCGAAACUCCGCUAGGGGAAGAGGAACUGACUCCCACAAAGGAGACUCCGAGCGACUCAGAAAUCGAGAAGCUGCAGCUGAAAUCCAGGGACUCGUUGUCGAGUGGUGUGCACCUGACUGUGGCUUCUGACGAGACCAUGACAAUCAGCUCUGAGCAAGAGCAUUGCUCACAGACCCUGCCAAACCUAGAGCCUCACCGGAGGGCACCGGGCAACCAGGGACUUUCCCAAGGAUCCCGUUUCCCUUCCCUUCCUGAGCACCUUGAGGCACCUUCUGAGCACUUGGACAUUCAGAGACACCUCUCUGACCCUUUGCUUCCUGGGAGUUAAGAAUCCAGUUGAGCCCAAAGCCAAGUCAAGAGGACCCUGAACUGAGAAGUUGCUUUAGCUGUUUUUACUUGUUGCACUUGGAGGACAGUACUCAUGGCUCAAGGUGAUGGGACUUGUUGCCGUUCCCUGUCCUCUCUGAAACGGGGGCAGUUUAAUAGUGGGUUGGCUUCCAAGGUGAUUGAUUUCAGAAAUGGUACUCCAUAGAGUAGACUUCAGGUGCACAUUUCUCUUACCCCACCCGACCCCAAGAAGAAUGGCUGGUUGACUUUUUCCUCCACGUCCCCAAUCUUGCAUCUGUUAACUGUUGGGGUCUGCCUCUGUCAGUGUUUGAAUGGGAACUAGUAUGGCGGGACACUGGAGCACUUCCAUAAUGUAAUAAAGUAAUAAUAGGAAAUUUUGUCUGGAGGAAGACGAGGAGACUGCUAAGAACUUAACCUUCUCUUGGGUUGUAGGAGACCAAGAAUGAUUGUGUCUUUCUUUGAUACUUACAACUCGUGUCUGAAGAUUCUAGUCAUUGUGCAGGAGGAGCCUGUGAAGUAAGGAAGGAAGAGUAAAACGAUGCUGCAACUUUGUACAUGGGGAUAUAACGAACCAUUUAAUGAUCUGCCUAGUGCAUAUUGAGGGCAACUUCAUAUAUUACAUUUUUCAUAUAUUACAUUUUUGCAUGGACAUAAAUCUCUGUUGAGAAAAAGAAGAGAGUGUACACCUUGACAGAUGAAGUGCAGGAUAAAAGGGGAAAAUGUGUAGCACAAUUUCAUACGGGGCUGCCAACAAGAUUUUGGGCUUGCUGUUUGUACUCAGGCUCGCUUCUGAAGGAUGCAGUCCCUGGCCUUCUGACAGCCCCUCUGAGCCCUGCCCCAAAUUCUACAGCCAACCCCAACAUAUUAAUAUGUUGUCUGUAGCCCUGAUUGUAUUUGUUUACUCAGAGCUAUGUUUUGCAGAGUCUGGUGGGGCUUACUCCCAGAAAAGCAUGCAUACAACUGCAUCUUCAUUGUAUGAAAUGAGCUGGUAAAGUCAGGUGUAGAAUCCCUAGCGCAACGCAACAAACACAUUUGGGUCUGUGUUAACGGGGUGACUUGUCUCAUGUGUUGCCUACCAAUUUGCAAAGGAGGGCGGAGUGACACUAUUCUAACAAACUGGGGUGGAGGGAACCUGUUCUGAAAAUAUAUUUCCCAGACUUUUGCAACAUUCCAGAUUUACCUGGCGUUGGAAAACAUUCCAGGAACAGCCAGUUUUGUGGUUAGCACAUCAACUUAGCGUAAAAGGUUAUUCUGGACAGUACCUUGCCGUUCUUUGCGCCAGCCACUAUGCAAAAUGCAAGUGUGCAAGUGAGCUGUAAUUUUUUUUUGUACAGAUCUGCAAGGCUGGUUUAAGCACAACUUCAGAAAAGCCUGGAAAGAAGGAAACAAACCAAACAGAUCACUUUUUGUAUGUGUGUAUUCGCCUUUCCCAAUUGAAUCCCCAUGCCAUAGCAUUGCAUAGAAUCAUUGUAACUGACCCCUCAAACCCACCUCAUUUUCACCCCUCAGUUAGAUGCUGCAAUGGCCCUAGGCCACCUAUCCAAAAUAACAUAUUAAUCUCCCAGUGAGAGUAGCAGGAAAAAUAAUAAUAACUGUGAGCAUUUUCUCUUUUUUUCUUUCUCAGGAGUGUUAGUGUACACUUUGUUAAUAAAGAUUAUUUUGACACCUA